AUGAGAAAACAUUGUUUCUGUCCCGUUGUGAUAAAAAAAUGUGGACAACAAAAUCAUAUUCCACCUAAUAUUCCUAUUUUUGAUGGUCACAUACAUCUUAACCAGAUUAUUUCUAAAACUCAAUCAGAUCUUGUUUCUAUUAGGGUAGCUCCGUCAAUUCGAGAAUUUCAUUUUAUAAAUAACAACCACAAGCCUGAUGAAUGGCUGAUUCCUAGUCCAUCUUCCUUCUUGUCUCAUGUUCAUGUAUAUCCCACAAUCGGUAUUCAUCCUAAAUACUUUGAUUCAAAAUCACUUUACCAAAACUUCGAUGAUCUCAAAAAUUAUUUAGAAAUUUCGCGUAACGAUCAAACUCUUAAAAAUAAAAUUGUUGCUGUAGGUGAAUGUGGUUUAGAUGAGACAAGCAUGGCGACUAUUGAUCAUCAAAUAUUUGUUCUUGAAAAACAAAUAGAUCUCGCCAUUCAAUACCAUCUUCCGAUCAUUCUCCAUUGUCGUGGUACCCAUCUCUAUAGAAUAUUAUUUGAUUGUUUAAGAAAUCGAACAUCUGUUAGAAAUAUGCGACUUCAUUGUCAUUGCAUUAACAGUAAUGCAAAUUUGCAUAUUGUUGAUCUUUUUUUAAACGAAUUCCCCAAUUCAUAUAUCGGUAUUAGUGGAUCCAUAACCUACGAAACAAAUACCGAACGCUCCCUGAUGUUCAAAAAUUGGUUAGUGGAUCGAUCUCCUUUUCUUCCUGAUCGAUUAAUCCUAGAAACCGACUAUCCAUAUCUUCCACCGCGAAACCUGCACGGCAUAUACGAUCCAUCAUGUGCUCUGUUGGCUACAGCUACAUAUCUAUCGAAAACGAUCGUCGAUUCAAGUCAAACUGCUCUCUCAUAUAUUUGUUCAUCUAAUACAAAUAUAAAAUUAGUGUAUGGUUUGCGAAUUUUGUCUCCUUAUCUGUUCAAUACCAUACAUUUGCCUAUUAAAAAUCUUGUUUUUAUAAUUUCAUUAUGUAUAUAA